UUUUGUUGAUGAUGUUGACAAAUUUAUGGAUUUAGAAGAAAAUGGUGGUGAUGCAGAUAAAGUUCUUAGAAGACUGGAUGAACAACAUAGCAAGUAUAAGUUUAUGGAAUACAGUCUUGCUUCAAAGAGACGACGGUUGAAGAAUCAGAUCCCAGACUUGGAAAACUCUCUGGAUAUGAUCAAGCUGUUACAGCAGCAACGUGAUAAUCCAAAGGAGAUUGAAACUGAGUUUCUGCUGAGUGAGCAAGUAUAUUUCAAAGCGUUGGUUCCCCCAACAGACAAAGUGUGCUUGUGGCUUGGAGCUAAUGUCAUGCUCGAAUAUACAUUAGAAGAUGCUACUAAUCUUUUAGUGAAGAAUAUAGACACAGCGAAGAAAAACUUGGGUUAUGUAGAACAUGACUUGGACUUUUUGAGAGACCAGUUUACAACCACAGAGGUCAAUAUGGCACGCGUGUAUAACUGGGAUGUCAAGAAGCGACAAGCUGCUAAAUCCUCGUCCUCAAAACUUUCAACUUAAUAAUAAGCUUUAAAAUUAACUUUAUGGACGAAUUUAGCCCUUUAUUUAAAUAUUUUUGGCCACUUUUCAGCAGCACACACACACACACUCAUUUAUAGUGCACCUGGAAAGAUUUUUCUUAUGAGGCAGUAUUUUUUUGUGUUGGUGUUAGCUAACAUGACUAAUACACUGCAGUGCUGUUAUUCUGGAGAAAAUAUAUUUUCUUGUUAAAAUAUCUACAUUUAAUCUGCUAAUGGAAAAGUUCUAAUUCUAGAGUCAUGUACUUCUCCAAUUCUAUAUUAUGAAUUGUUAUGGCCAGCUUACCUGCGUUUUCAUUGCUAUGUCAACUGCUUAUUAUAUAAAAAAUAAAGCAAAGUUCAAGUCUUCUUA